CUCACAUUCCAGCGCAGAGUAUUUCUGAUAUAGCAUUAAAGACUUUCAUUCAUUCCCCGUUGUUUCUGCUGCUCACUAGACAGCACAAACCCAAUUUUACUCUCGACUUCUCUCCAGCAGUGUAAGACAAUGAUACCACAUGCUUUCUUUUAUUAUCAUCACUUACCCUCAUAAAUACAGUAAUGCAAUUCAAUCAUACUUAUCCCACAUACACCCAUUAUUGACACAUGCUCAAGUCCCUUAUCUCCACGGAUUUUCCCGUAGACCUUGGUGUUCUUUUUCUCUCAAUAUCUUGGGUGAGGAAAGGCCGGCGGUUUUCUAUUUUUGGUCAAAUAUCUGAUGGGCUAAGUUGCUUAAGAGGGUAGGAAUUUUCUUGCAUUCUGGGUUCGUGGAGACGGCGUGGUUUGGUUUGGAUAGUUGGUGGGUGCGUGUUUAUUUACUGUUAUUCUCACAUUAUGAAGGUUUCUGGGAUCUGGUUUUCGUACUUUGUUGUUGGGACAGCUUUAAUGUUCUUUAACUUGUCUUGCACCACUACAUCAACUAGCUUGUCAAUUUCUGAUGUGUUCUUCACUGGCAGAGGGGGUGAACUGAUAAUGACAGCAACCAGCAGGAAGCUCAAGGAGAACAACUAUUAUCCUAGCACAGACAAGAAGGGUGAUACUAGCCUCUUGAAUCUAGAUGACUAUCACCCUAUAGAUCCAGUUCCAAGUUCAAAAGCUUCCAUCAAACCUGGACCCAUUGAGCAUGGCACUCCUCUGAACCCAUUUAUUCCCAAGCCUUCUGCUCCUAGCCCUGCACCUCCCAAGAAGGUCGGUUAGCUUAACUAGUUUACUGAUCCAUUACUCAAAAUGGAAGUAUGCUAAUAACAUAAAGAACAUAGCUUCUUAGUUUUCAUGUGGUCUUUUUAGUACUUUGUCAAUUUUAUGGUCUAUAUAGCGCAACUUAAGUUAUGCGUCGUCUUGUUCGGUGUAGAUGGUUUGAAUAUGUUUGCAAUUGAUGUACUUAAUGUUAAGGAAUCUGUUAUCCUUUGAGAAAUGACUAUUAUGUAUUUCAGUAAAUGAAUGAAUAUUUUUGUGCAUAAAAUAGUUGAUUUCA